AAGAUUAACUAUCCGUUAGUCGUAAGGGCCAUGAGGCUCUCGAAGCCUUUACCCGUCAGGGAAGUCCCGAAAUACUUUGAUCUUAACUUCAGUGAAAAUAGUAUUAAUGCUUGCGGCGGGAUCCAAGUUGAGCAACUUUUAUUUCUAGGUGAUAUAGUAGCUGUGCCGUCUCAUUUUGGAAAUAUUUAUGUGGGUGAAUAUUUUAUUUGCUACAUAAGAGUAAGCAAUGAUGGUGACUCUACUGUUAAAGACGUUUCAGUGAAAGUGGAUAUACAGGCUGUUACUAAGUCGCUUAUGCUAACAACAAAAAGUACUGAGCGGUUAGCGCCUAAAGAAGGAUUGGAUAUCAUUGUCAUACACGAAGUAAAAGUCCUUGGAAAGCACAACCUUCUAGUUUUAGUAAAUUAUACAGAAGAAAUGGGAGAGGCCGUAACAUUCCGACGCUCUUUUAAAUUUGUGACUUUGAAUCCUUUAACGCUAAAAACCAAAAUUCAACAAGUGAAGGAAAACUUUUAUCUGGAAGCUCAAAUUCAGAAUUUGAUGGAUGUUCCUAUGCACCUCGAAAAAAUUGCCCUCAGAGUCGAUUCAAAGAUUAAAGUAACCGAUUUAAACACUUUGCCAACAACGACUGGCUCCGAACUCCGACCACUGAAUUUUGAUUCCUGCUUCGGUUGGAAAAAUAUAUUUGAUAAAAAGGCAUAUAUAAAUGCCACUGACGUUCGUCGCUACUUGUUCAAAAUUAGCCCACCGAAGCAAAGUCAGCUGAAAACAAUUAUCUGGAAUUUUGAAUUGGGAUGGCGAACGGCCAUGGGCCAAAGGGGAAGACUGCAGACUAACCUUUCCCAGUAUGAGAUAGAAACUAGUGAGGAGCUCCUAUUUUUUGUGGAAGCUCCUUCAAGUGAGAUCAUUUUAUACGAGCCUUUUAUACUAGAGUGCAAUAUAAGUAAUUUAAGUCAGCAAACUUUAAACUUAAAGCUCUACUCUGCCAACAACGACGCUAUUUUCCUGUGCAGUAAAGAAGGAAGCAAGGUGAAACCUCUGGCUUCCGGCUGCAGCACGUGCUUCGACUUGACUUUUGUUGCAGUUAAAAAAGGGCUGCAGCCGCUAUGCACCGUCCGCUUAGAGGACAGCUCCGCUGAGAAAAGCUACAGCUUCGAAACUGCCAGGCAUGUGUUUGUACGGCAAAAAAAUAACAGAAGCUGAUUUAUUGAUAAACUGUUAAACUUUAUUAAACGCCAAUACAAUCGACGAUGAAUAUCAUUUUCAUAAAUUCGCGCAAGAACGACUAGACAGGAACGGAUGAAGGAGGGCCUCAGCACAGGAAAUGCGCUUC